AUGGACAUGCCUGUUUCAACAGGGUUCUUGACCAGCGAUGCUGAUGCCUCCGGCGAGUCAAACAUUGGUCUGCUGGGCUAUUGCUUACGCGUGCUCGACAUUCGUGAUCGUUGUCAGAGGCUCACGCUGAAGAUUAGCAAUCAUCGGAAACUCUCACAAGAUUCAUUUACCGCCGUCCAGUCCAUCGAGGAUGAGCUUCAGCGAUUUAGCAUCUCACUUCCAGAGCGCUACAGAUUUGAUGCCAAGUCAUUCUCUUUACGAGCCUUCUCCCCCUCAAGAACUCCGUUCCUAAUGCUCCACGCUUGGUGGCAUCAAACGCACUGCGACCUCUUUCGCUUUACUAUUCCCGGGUUCCGAGAGGGUCUCCCCAUAGCCGAAAUCUCCCAACUAUCGCCAGAAUUCGCAACUUCUUGUCGCGAGAAAUGUCUGUCUCACGCCUUGUCCGUAUCAAGGAUCCUCGAGACGCCGAAGUUGGUUGGCGGGGCAGAUUUGAUCAGCGAUCCGUCCCUCGCCAUGUGUGCUUUCCACUCGGCGAGGAUCAUCUCAAGACUGGGGCAGCAUCCGAUGGGCAACUUGCCACAAGAUGAGCUCGUUACAAGGUUAUCCUCGUGUGCCGAUGCACUAGAAGAGCAAGCCGCGAUUUAUCCCACAUCUGCCAUCUUGAAGAAGGGCAUCAUGGAUCUCGUCAGUGAUGCUCAGCGAGAUCGGGAUGGACAAUUUGCGUGCCCGUCUAUCUGGGAGGAGGAAGAACGGGAGACUAAUCUUUCAGGGAGCUCUGCUAUACAGGGCGGAGAAACUAGACGAAAGGAGAUUUACUCAAAACACAGUGUCAGUGAGGUGGUUCAGAAUCUACAUUUCGAGCCUGGAGACGGCGAUGAAGGCAGCACAAUUACUCAAGAGGCGGCAGCGACGAAUGAAUCCAGCUCGACAUACCUCGAGAACCGCCCUACUCUUAUGAACGUUCAGUUGAUGGAGGCCCAACAGCAAACGACUAUACCAGAGCUCUUCGAUGCAUCGAUACACGAUUUCGAUGGCUACCUAGGAGGUUCUUCGGGGUAUAACGACGAGUUUUCUGCUCUUGGGGCCGAUCCAAGACACGAUUCUGGACAGCCUGAUCUAUUUAUGGACUCGUUCUGGCCUUUGAUGGAGGGAGACUGGAUGCCUGGGCAGAUGUAG